GCAGCCAUUUUCAAGAAGCAAACACGUUCGUUUACCUUAGCUGUUGAAUACGUUGCGAGACGUUUGGCUAACCAAAAAUUAAUUUUAUAAUUUUGCAAGGAUUUUAAUAAAUAAACAGGUUCGCCAAAAUGACUAUGGCAAUGUUACAACGUCGCGCCAAUGUAAGGCUACCACCCGAAGUAAACAGGGUUUUAUAUAUCAGAAACUUGCCAUAUAAAAUCACAGCUGAAGAAAUGUAUGAUAUAUUUGGUAAAUAUGGAGCUAUCAGACAAAUUAGAGUAGGUAACACAGCUGAGACCAGAGGUACAGCAUUUGUUGUAUAUGAGGAUAUAUUUGACGCCAAGAAUGCAUGUGAUCACUUGAGUGGCUUCAAUGUAUGUAAUCGUUAUUUGGUAGUUCUAUAUUAUCAGAGUAAUAAGGCAUUUAAGCGAAUUGACGUUGAUAAAAAAAUGGAGGACCUAGAUAAAUUGAAGACCAAAUAUAAUCUGAACGAUGAGAAAAAAUAAUUGAUUAAAUAUUUAUAGGAGAUGUAAAGUGGGAUAUUUACAAAAUAUUUAUUAAAAUGUGAUUAUAUUUACGUGAGUAGUUUGUUAAUUUUUAUAAUGUAUUAGCUAGCGUAACAAA